CACUAUGACCCGCCUGCUGCGCGUGCGCGCGCCUAGGCGGCGCGAGGUUAGGGCCGGGGGAUGUUACUCCGGCUGGUGGGGGCGGCGGGCAGUCGGGCCCUGCCCUGGCGUUUUUCCAACUUGUGGCGAUGUGGCGGCUGCGCAGGAAGCGGCGUGGCGGCCUGGAGCAGCGUGAGGGUCGGUGGCAUCGCUCGGCAGUGUCAUCAGGGGAUAUGCUUGCAGCAGCAGGCUCUGCAGGGAAGACUGACUUCGUUUCCCCCACGACUGUGUUCAAAACCCCCCAAAGGGUUUGAGAAAUAUUUUAAGAAUAAGAAGAAUGGAAGAAGUACAGACCCAGGAAAUUCAGUAACUCCAAAAAAAGAACCAAAGAACGCUGGGCCUGGAGGAGAUGGAGGCAAGAGAGGAGGGAAGCAAGAUGACUUUGCCUGGUGGAGACGGAUGCAGAAGGGAGAGUUUCCUUGGGAUGACAAGGAUUUCCGGAGUCUGGCUGUUUUGGGGGCAGGCGUGGCUACAGGAUUUUUAUAUUUCUAUUUCCGAAAUCCUGGAAAAGAGAUCACCUGGAAACACUUUGUACAGUAUUACCUAGCCAGAGGUCUGGUGGAGCGGCUGGAGGUUGUGAACAAGCAGUUUGUUCGAGUUAUUCCUGUUCCUGGGACGACAUCCGAGAAGUUCGUGUGGUUUAACAUUGGUAGUGUUGAUACCUUUGAGCGGAACCUCGAGUCUGCUCAGUGGGAGCUGGGGAUUGAGCCGACCAACCAGGCUGCAGUAGUCUAUACUACUGAGAGUGAUGGCUCUCUUCUCCGAAGCCUGGUACCCACCCUGGUCCUGGUUAGCAUCCUCCUCUAUACCAUGAAGAGGGGGCCAAUGGGGACUGGUCGUGGUGGCCGAGGAGGAGGCCUCUUCAGUGUUGGUGAGACAACAGCCAAGAUCUUAAAAAACAACAUUGAUGUGCGAUUCGCAGAUGUGGCUGGCUGUGAAGAGGCCAAAUUGGAAAUUAUGGAGUUUGUGAAUUUCCUGAAGAACCCAAAGCAGUAUCAGGACUUAGGAGCCAAAAUUCCAAAGGGAGCAAUGCUCACUGGCCCACCUGGAACUGGCAAAACACUUCUUGCAAAAGCAACUGCUGGAGAGGCCAAUGUGCCCUUCAUCACUGUGAAUGGGUCGGAGUUCCUGGAAAUGUUUGUUGGUGUUGGGCCGGCACGGGUUCGUGACAUGUUUGCGAUGGCCCGAAAAAAUGCUCCUUGUAUUUUAUUCAUUGAUGAGAUUGAUGCAAUUGGCAGGAAGCGAGGCCGUGGUCACCUGGGAGGCCAGAGUGAGCAGGAGAACACUUUAAACCAGAUGCUUGUGGAGAUGGAUGGGUUCAACUCUGCCACUAAUGUGGUAGUGCUAGCUGGAACCAAUCGCCCUGAUAUCCUUGACCCAGCCCUAACACGGCCUGGCCGGUUUGACCGCCAGAUCUACAUUGGUCCCCCUGAUAUCAAAGGCAGGUCCUCUAUUUUCAAGGUCCACUUGCGUCCACUCAAGCUAGACCAACGCCUCACCAAAGAUGCUCUUUCGAGGAAGCUAGCGGCUCUCACUCCAGGCUUCACUGGUGCUGAUAUUUCUAAUGUGUGCAAUGAAGCAGCACUGAUUGCUGCCCGCCAUCUUAGCUCUUCUGUCCAGGAGCGGCACUUUGAGCAAGCCAUCGAGAGGGUCAUUGGAGGCCUUGAGAAGAAGACGCAGGUCCUACAACCCAGUGAAAAGACAACUGUAGCCUACCAUGAGGCUGGGCAUGCAGUGGUGGGCUGGUUCUUGGAACAUGCAGAUCCUCUGCUGAAGGUGUCCAUCAUCCCUCGGGGCAAGGGGCUUGGCUACGCCCAGUACCUUCCCCGUGAGCAGUACCUCUACACACGGGAGCAGCUCUUCGACCGCAUGUGCAUGAUGCUGGGGGGGAGGGUGGCUGAGCAGCUCUUCUUUGGUCAGAUCACCACAGGGGCUCAGGAUGAUCUGAGGAAGGUCACCCAGAGUGCCUAUGCCCAGAUUGUGCAGUUUGGAAUGAGUGAGAAGCUAGGCCAGGUAUCCUUUGACCUCCCCAGACAAGGAGAAACCAUGGUGGAAAAGCCAUACAGUGAAGCGACUGCCCAGCUCAUUGAUGAGGAAGUCCGGUGCCUUAUCAGGUCUGCCUAUGCUCGGACCCUGGAGCUGCUCACGCAGUGCCGGGAGCAGGUAGAGAAGGUGAGCAGGCGGCUUCUGGAGAAAGAAGUGCUGGAGAAGGCCGACAUGAUAGAGCUCCUGGGCCCUCGGCCCUUUGCAGAGAAGUCCACCUAUGAGGAAUUUGUAGAGGGCACCGGCAGCCUAGAGGAGGACACAGACCUCCCUGAGGGGCUGAAAGACUGGAAUCAGGGACGGGAGGAAGGAGGCACUGAACGGUGCUUACAGGAGAGCCCUGCAUAGCUGUGGCCUGUGGGUGGCCACUGCGACCACUGCUGACGGGGAGCUGCUCAGCCUUUGCGGAGCAGCCGUCAGAGUAACUGGAAAACAAAUUAAAACAGGGACAACUGCAAAGGUGAGACCGUUCAGAAUCCACACAAGAGGGGGCUGGGGCCUGGCAGCAUCCAGCAAGGGAAUAGCUGAGGCAUCAGAGGUAUAGCCUGAGGCCCCGGCCCUGAACCUAGAGGUCUGUCAGUUCAGAUAGGAGAGGGAGUUGGACGCCGGCUUCUAUGAAGGAAGCCAUGAGUGUGUGUUGUCUUUUUGGGGAUUCUGUGUGUAGGGCCACUAGGAGCCAUGUCAGACUUCCAGUAGACACAGGACUGAUGGAGUUUCCAAGUGUGCUGCAGCCUUACAGCUGCCUCUGAGGUGGUUGCUCAGGAUGCGUGUUGAACCAACACAGAUGAAGUUUGGUGAAGAAUUAAUGAAAAUGUAAACCAGUUAUCAAGGGAAGGCUAGCUUCUUAAGCUGACCAGUCCUUAGGAAAGAAGGCCAGCACACCUGCAGAUCUCUGGCUAAGGAGAGAAGUGUGGCCAUUCCUGGCCUUGGUGGCAGCGUCAGAAAUUUUAUCAGUCAGACCUGGAGCCUAGCCUUGGGAAUUGUCUGCUUCACUGGUGGAGUGUCAGAUUUAAUUCCAUUUUACAGCAAUCCUCUCCCCGGUACCCCCCGCCCCCCUUUCUUUUUUGAAUCUCUAAAAGGGUUGUUUUGGGCUGAGCCCUCUGUCUCUGGUGCCUAUUUAUCAACCAUUUUGUUGUAGGACAGCUCUUGAUUAAAGGAAGGGCUUUGUGAGUCCAAGCCUCGUUGGGCUAAAAGAGGCAUCUUUUUCCUGUUGAUCCUGGGGUGUGGUGAGACCUGCACUCAGACCUCAAUGCUUGGGGUCCUGGAGUUCCAUGAGAGUGUUCUCGCGUACCUCCUCCAGGACUCCCUGGGAGCACCAUCAGCUGCAUCAGCCCGCUCUUCAAGUCUGCUCAUGGCCUGGGGAGGAAUCCAUUGGCUCCCUUGGCUUUUUUUUUUUUUUUUUUUU